AUGGCGGCAGGACAGCAGUUCCUCCCUGGUGGAUAUUGGGCCGCCCCGGUGUUCCAGUACGUGGGGAAGGCGGCCAAGCGCAACGACCGCGUGUUCGUGUGGGGCUUCAGCUUCUCGGGCGCCUUGGGCAUCCCCAGCUUCGUGAAGCCGGACGCGAGCUGGAAGAAGCCGCGGCGCAUCCAAACCACGCCGUACCGUCUGGAGACACAGGAGAAGAUAUCCUCUGCUGCCUGUGGUUAUGGAUUCACACUGCUGGCUUCUAAUACCAGAGACAUCACCAAGGUGUGGGGCAUGGGGCUCAACAAGGAUUCCCAGCUUGGAUUCCAGAGAAGCAGAAGAGAUCAAACUAAGGGCUAUGAAUAUGUCUUGGAACCAUCUCCAAUUCCAUUACCACUGGAGAAGCCACAGCAAACUCGAGUCUUGCAAGUGUCCUGUGGGAGAGCCCAUUCCCUGGUCCUGACAGAUAAUGAAGGAGUUUUCACAAUGGGAAACAAUUCUUAUGGACAGUGUGGCCGGAAGGUUGUUGAAGAUGAAAUUUACAGUGAAAGCCAUCUCAUUCAUCAGCUGAAGGAAUUUGACAGCAGAGUUGUCCAGGUUGUGUGUGGGCAGGACCACAGUCUGUUUAGAACCAAGAAAGGUACAGUCUAUGCAUGUGGAUGGGGAGCUGAUGGACAAACAGGUCUUGGACACUAUAACAUCACCAGUGUUCCUACUAAGCUGCAUGGGGACAUUGCUGGAGUAAACAUAAUCCAGGUCUCUUCCUAUGGGGACUGUUGUCUGGCUGUUUCAGAUGAAGGAGAUGUCUUUGGCUGGGGAAAUUCAGAAUACUUGCAGUUGGCAUCUGUCACAGAAAACACACAGGUGAAUGUUCCCAGGCAUUUGCCAUUCAAGAUUGGGAAGGUAAAGGAGGCUGCCUGUGGAGGGACUGGCAACAUGGUGCUGACAGAAGAAGGAAAUGUUUUUGUCUGGGGAUAUGGAAUUCUUGGGAAAGGACCAAAUCUAAUAGAGACAUCAGUGCCAGAGAUGAUCCCACCCAGCCUUUUUGGCUGGUCAGACUUCAGUCCAGACAUCCGUGUUGCUCAUGUUCGCUGUGGACUCAGCCAAUUUGCAGCACUUACAAACAAAGGAGAACUGUUUGUGUGGGGGAAGAAUCUAAGAGGGUGCCUAGGAACUGGAAGAAUGGAAGACCAGUAUUUCCCAUGGAGGGUGACUGUACCCGGAGAGGUGGUGGAUGUGGCGUGUGGAGUUGAUCAUAUGGUAAGCAUGGUCAGGUCUUUCACCUAGAGAUGUUGCUGGGUCUCAGCACUGUACCAGGGCUUGUUUUUGAGCUUCUUGGAAAGGAAAACUCAUUUUAUGGAACCAAGUGACUGUGAGCAGAGACAGCCAAAGCAGCGUCUGGGUGCCUUAUCAUCCCUGCCUUGCUGAAAUGCUGUGGCCUGGCUGCAGGAAGGAAGCACGUUCCCCGAGGAGCAUGGAGAUGCAGGGAGUGCUCUUGCUCCUUUGUGAUGAGCUCCCAGAGAAUCUGAGGCCCAGCCCCAAGCUGGUGAGCCCCUCUGUGCAUGCAGAGCAUCUCCCUUAAGGAAGACUGGCAUGGGAUGAAAUCUACAACACAGGACAUUGAAAUAUGGACAUUUCCAGUCACCAGUUCUGGAGUCAGUGUUGGGCAGAGCCAAACUAUUUCUCAAGGGAAAACUUGGGUGGUUUUUUAUUACUAUUAUGUGGAAGAGAGGUCAUGCUAUGUCUUGAAGCCCAGCACAGCUGUCCUGGGUGGCCAUCCUCAUCUGCCCUGUGCCCAGGCUGUUACCCUGUGCAGAAACUGAAUGCACAGCCCUUGCCUGGAGGCAGUGAUGUGUCUGUGGGCUGCUGAAGGCCUUCUGUAUUAGUGCUAAAGACUGAGCACCAAAGGAACACAUUCAAAGAGUGAGAGCCUGUUUGCAGGGGUAAGUACUAUCAAAUAAGACAGCAGGCUCUGUGCUGCAGGACAGAUGGAUGGUGACAAGCCAAUCUAGCUUAUUGAGGGAGGCUGGAAACAAAGCCCUUGAUCAGCUGCCUGCAAAAUCAGUGCUCAGGCAUGGAUGUGAGCAGUGCUCACCACCCCUCAGGUACCUUUUGUCUCCUUGUGCUGAUCACACAUCACUGCCUUUGAUUGUUUUUGGAUCCCCUACACUCUUUCUGUUUUCAGAGGUAUGGUGGCUCUCAGUUGCAAUUAGCUGAGGAUUUCAGGAUUGCCUAGCAGGGGAAGGAAUGGGUAAGAAGCAGAGCUACAUUCCUUGGUACCUUCUUAGCAGUAAGCUGAUAGAGAUGGGAUGCAACAGCUGUAUCUGUAGCAGGCACCUUCCCAAUCUCACACCCAAGUGUGGGGAACUGCCUCCUGUGAAACACUCCAAACAUCAGGCAGAGUUGUGACUUUUCUCUCUGUGUGGGAUAGUGUGCAAACUGUUUAGGUGGAAUCCAAGCUAGUAGGUUUUCAAUAAAGUGAUUAUAAAAUCUUUA